UAAACUGUCUGGAUAAUCUGGUAAAAUCCCGGAUAGAGAUGUCGCAAAUUGUUACCAAAUAACCGAACAUUUAGUUGUCUUGGUCCGACCUUCUUUUUUGUGCUGCACAGUACAUUUUCUUUGAAAUUGACGGUCGAUUUUUGUCAAGAUGCGGGACAAAGGAUUUUCAGCACAAGGCCCGAUCUUCUGCAUUUCUUCCAUUUUUGUAAUACUGCACCUCGUUUGUGGAGAUCUGAGCUAUUCCUUUCCCGAGGAGAUUAAACGAGACUCGGCAAUUGGAAAUAUAGCAAAGGAUCUCGGUUUUGAUUUGAGGACUUUAUCUUCCCGGAAGGCUCGUGUUACUUUUGAGGGCACUCAUAAGCGUUACUGUGAUAUUAAUAUGAGAACGGGGGAUCUGAUCACAUUGGAGAGAAUCGACAGAGAAAGCCUCUGUGCCAAGAAACCUUCAUGUGUUGUGCAAGUGGAUCUGGUGUUAGAAAAUCCGUUAGAGCUUCAUCGUGUAAGUCUUCAUAUACAAGACGUGAACGACAACUCGCCAAAAUUCAAAAAGAAUUUGAUUGAGAUGGAAAUAAGCGAGUCAGCAGACAAAGGUAACCGCUUCUCAAUAGAGCAGGCCCGUGACGCAGAUAUAGGUCAAAAUGCUGUGCAAAGGUACGAGCUUCAAAAGAACAACAACUUUAUUCUGGCUGUUGACAGCAACAAGGUUGAACUCAUACUAGAAAACACUCUUGAUAGAGAGAAACAAAGCGAGAUGAAUUUACUUCUCACAGCGUUGGACGGUGGAUCUCCUCAGAGAUCCGGUUCCGUAGUCAUACGCGUCACUGUGCUGGAUGCCAAUGAUAACGCCCCAGUGUUCAGCCAGGCCGUUUAUAAAGCCAGUCUGCCUGAAAACUGUCCUUUAGAUACAACAGUGAUUAAAGUCAGUGCCACAGACGCAGACGAAAGACUGAACGGAGAUGUAACGUAUGACUUAAGUCACGUGUCUGACGACGACAUAAAUAUAUUUUCAAUUGAUCCUAAAACGGGAGAAAUUAAAGUAACUGCUGUGAUUGACUUUGAAGACAGAAAUUAUUUUGAAAUGAGAGCAGAAGCGAAAGAUGGUUUAGGUCUAACUUCUUACGCCAAAGUGUUAAUAGAUGUGACUGAUGUAAAUGAUAAUGCACCAGGGAUAUAUCUAAAAUCACUCACUAACCCCACACCGGAGAACGUGCCACCUGGUACAGAGGUGGGCAUUAUUAAUGUUCAGGACAAAGACUCCGGGAAUAACGGGCAGGUCCACUGCUCCAUCCAGCAGGGUGUCCCCUUUAAGUUGGUUCCUUCUAUUAAAAACUAUUAUUCUCUGGUGACCACAGGACAACUGGACCGCGAACUAGUGUCUGAUUACAACAUUACAAUCACUGCCACUGACGAGGGCUCUCCACCUCUGUCCUCUUCUAAAAGUGUUCAGUUAUCUUGUGAGGAUAAAAGGCAACUCGUGGUGUCGCUGUUGGCUGAUAGCACACUGACACACACCACUCCACCCACUGCUACUACACAGAUGUCGACUGUAAUUCCCUGA